AUGCUCAAAAGUUUGCAUCAUUUGGGCGGUCACUUGUACGCCGUUGUAGCCGCUGGCGUUUUGCUAAAAGUAACACCAGGGCCGCCAACGCCUUGUACCUGUCUCGGAGACUCCAAACUCCAAUGCACGUAUUUUUAUGAUUCCCGAAUUAAUCCAGAAACAUCCCUUGCGCUGCAUUCUUAUGCUCUACCCUCUUCAUUAAUUCCUUCCACUACUUCUUAUUCAUGUACCCUUACUGCUUCACAAACUUCUUACACAACUCUUCCUGCUUUGCCAAAUCCUUCUACAUCAUUUUCUUCUUUACCAAUACCAACGACUCUUCCUGUUUCACCAAUUCCUACAACAUCCUUCCACUCGGAUGCGCUUCCUGCUUCACCAAUUCAUAUGACAACCGCUAAUUCCAAUACUGUUUCCUUUAUUCGACAACCAUCUUCCCCACUACUUUUCCAAUCAUCCAGAUCGCUCACAUUCUUUCCAGUGACCCCAACGCGACCCAGACCCCAAGAUAAUGCUUCGCUGUACUCAGAACAUUUUACAGGUUCUCCAAGGGUUCUCAGAAUUACUUGCCUCAUUGAGGAUUGCGGGAAUUCUUACACACGGUACAGCGCACUACAAAAACAUAUUGAGUGUCAUCAUCACAUCAAUAUUGAACACAAAGACAAACUGUUUUCUUCUAUUAAUGAUUUUUACAGCUGGAAAACUGAGAUGGAACAGAACAGCAUUACGUCAUAUUCACCAAACAAAGGAAACAUGUUUAAGAGGUAG